AUAGAAGUAAAAUAUAAAAAAAAAAGUACCAAAUUCCCCCAUAACUAUCUCUAUAUAUAAGGCUGCUCCACCACUUCCCUUCUCCUCCCAAAAUUCUCAUUUCUCUUAGCUUUUUCUUUUCAAACCCAUUCCAAAAAUUCAAUCUUUUUCCUAAUAAUAAUGGAAUCAGGAGGAGCCCAAUUCUACAGUGGGUGUGAAGAACACCAAUACAAAUCCCAUUUUCUUGAAGCUUGUUUUCUUUGCCAGAGACCUUUGAGUCACAACAUUGACAUCUUCAUGUACAGAGGAAAUACACCAUUUUGCAGCCAAGAAUGCAGGCAAGAACAGAUAGAGAAGGAUGAAGCCAGGGAAAAAAGAUUGAAGCUUUCUUCUUCAUCUUCAUCAUCAUCUUCUUCUUCAUCUUCUUCAAAGAGAAGGUCAAACACACAGAGAAAGUCAACCCAAGAAUCUGCAGCAGACGCCAAGAAAGCUGUAAGAACUGCAGGCACAGUCGCCGUGGCUUAAAAAUCCAAUCUUUUUUUUUCUUGCUUCAAAAAAGAAAAAGAAAAGAAGAAAAUAAUCCACCAUGAGUCCAGGUGGAUUCAUCAAUAAUCAUGUGUGUUAUGC